AUGGCUUCCAAACUAUUGAUCGUUAUUGUCUUAAUUCUUGAUCUUAUUGCUUUUGGUUUAGCCGUUGCUGCUGAGCAGAGACGCAGCACUGGCACAACAAAGCAGGAUGGCGAAGAUAAUUACCAGUAUUGUGUUUACGACUCUGAUAUUGCAACUGGAUUUGGUGUCGGUGCAUUUUUGUUCCUCUUGGCCAGUCAAGUGGUCAUAAUGGUUGCAAGUAGAUGCUUCUGCUGUGGAAAGGCUCUAAACCCAGGAGGUUCAAGGGCUUGCGCACUUCUUCUUUUCAUAAUCUGCUGGGUAACAUUCUUCAUUGCUGAGGUUUGCUUGCUGGCGGGUUCAGUGAGAAAUGCUUACCACACCAAGUACAGGUCAAAGUUUUUUGAGGACCCUCCCUCUUGCGAGACUGUGAGGAAGGGAGUUUUUGCAGCAGGAGCAGCUUUCGUGUUUGUCACUUGCAUAAUCUCCGAGUUCUAUUAUGUUAGUUUUUCCAGGGCGAAUGGAAGCUCCAGACCAUAUGGAGGUGAAACGGGAGUUGGGAUGGGAGCGUACAAGUGA